UCGUGGCUGUUAGCUCGCGUAAGCUUCACCUUGAACGGAAACUCGCACGACAGGCUGCUGUGUGCUAAUAAGUGAACAUCUCAGUCGCCCUGGUGAUCCGCCGAAAGACAGUUGAUGAUCUUAUUGAUGAUCCGGAAGCUCUCGCGGCCAACGUAGAUCUCCGCUCGCAUGAUUGUCGGUGAUUUCUCUCAGUACACGAUCGUCCAUAUUCGCACGUGCUUCAUUCAUUUCAUUCUGACUCUAUUUGUGAGACCAAUCAGCCCUCGGCAUCAUUGAUUAAUUCGGAAUGAUUCCUUCGGCAGUAACUAUCGCUCUGCUUCCAGUGCUUGCGCUGAGACUAGGAAUAUCUUUGACCCCCAAAGUUAUAGGCGAGGAAGAUGAGGCAAAUUAUGAAAUUAAAAAAGACACGUUGCGACUAGUCACUGUGAUAACAAGACAUGGAGAAAGAGCACCCGUAGAUAGCUAUCCGAAAGAUCCUUACAUCAACGAUAAUAUGGAACCCUAUGGCUGGGGUCAGCUGACAAAUGAAGGAAGAAGAAAUCAAUACAAUCAAGGAUUAUUCUUGCGAAAGCGUUACGAUAACUUUUUAGGGUCGAUGUACAAUCCCGAUAUAUUUUAUCUGCAAACCACCGCUGUAGAUCGUACAAAAAUGUCAGGCAUGCUUGAGGCCGCUGCUCUGUGGAAGCCUAACGAGAAACAAUCGUUCAAAACUGAUCUACCUUGGCAACCAGUCACAUUAUUCUAUCAGGAACGUUCGGACGACACGCUAAUGUUAGUGUGGAAUACAUGUCCGAAGUAUACUCAACUACGCACUUCGGCGAACGAUUUGCCGGAAGUUCGGAAAAUACAGGAAGACAAUAAACAAUUGUUCGACGAGCUCACCAAUUUGACAGGCAUGCCGAUCACAACUAUCGACGACAUCAGUUCGCUUUACAGCACGUUAACAGCUGAGAAACAGAUGAAUUUGACUUUACCAAAGUGGAUAGACGACUAUUAUUCCAAAUUACUACGCUACUACUUGUACGAACAACAGCUUAAUACGUACAACGAUGAAUUUCGCAGGCUAAAAGGAGGUCCCAUGCUACAAAAGAUUAUUAAUGACAUGAAAAAUAAAAAGGAAGACACUUUGCAACCUAAAGAGAGGAAAAUGUUUAUGUACAUUGGCCAUGAUAGCACUAUCGUCACCCUGUUAGAUACGAUGCAUAUUUGGUACAACCAGAUACCACAUUGUAAUAUUAUGAUAAUGAUAGAGUUACAUCAAGACGAGAAUAAAUGGAAUAUCCAAGUAUUUCUGAAAAAUACGACAAUCCAUGAGCCAUAUCCAAUGACAAUACCUGGAUGCACCGUUAUAUGUCCUUUUAACAAGUUUGUAGAAAUUUUAAAGCCGAUGAUGUCGGGCAAUUGGAGUGAGGAAUGCAAGGUCGAAGGUGAUUAUGUAACUCCACCUCCACCAGUUCCAUAAUUGUAAAAAAUUGUCGUCUUACUCUUAUCGUAUUAUAAUUAAUAUUUUAUAUUCAAAUAAUGUUAUUGUACCUAUAUAUAUAGUAAUUUAUUUACAUUUAUUUACUAAUAACUAUUAGUAAACGUUAUCAUGUCACCGUGUAUAAAUCGAAUUUUUUGUAAAGAUUUGAAAUAUUUGUAAUAAUAUUUUCGAUUCAUUUGGAUCGAUCAAUUUCUGUAUUUUGCACUUCUUUUUCAAUAUUAUAUCGUUAACGACUAUUUAUAUUAGACAACUAUUUAUAUUCACAUUCAUAAGAUGAAAAUGACAUUACACAGAGAUUCAUGUCUGUCUAUAAUCUCACUUUCAUCUUAAUCCUUAUUAAGUAGCAACUGUGAAAAAAGGAGAGCAAUAUAAGAGAAAUUCAUUUUAUAAACAUGAAAAAUAUGUAUUUAGAUUUAACUAUAUGAAACACACAAAUGAUGUACAUUCUUGUAAAAUUGCAAAAAUAAAACAAAA